GGUAGCAGGAGAAUCGUCCAAGUUUCAACUGACAAACUUAUACUUGGAUAACAAGGGACAGGGCAACAGUAUGUGGAAUGCUUUAAUAUACUCUGUCGGCGCAAACUUCUCUACAGUAGACCGCGUCAAUGAUUCUGAACUGGACUGUUCAUGAAAAUUCAAAAUGGCAGGAUGGUGGUUACGCAACUGUGCUCUUUCGUCACUGAAUGGAGAUUACAAUUUUGCUGAAGCGAACGGAUACGGCAUGGUUUGGACCAUGAGUGGAAUGAAUGAUAUCAUUCAUCCUACAUCAACCAGAAUGAUGCUCAGAUCCACAUCUUUUUCAACAUGAUUUGAUUAACUUGUGGCCGCUUCCAAUGUUUCACUGAAUAUAAUAAUGACAGUUGAAAUGUAC